AUGUGCAUGGCAGAAGGCAAGGGCGAUGUAUCGUUUGCUAAACACACAACUGUCGAAGAAGUGCUCUCGAAAUACCCGGGAAAAUAUGGAACAACGUCAGAUUACGAAUACCUCUGUAAAGAUGGAACAAGAAAAGGUAGAUAACUACUGAUAUUUGCUUAACAGGUAGCUAGAGAAAUGUUGGCCCAGUUGUUCGCACACCAGUUAGCGCUAACUCGGGGUUAAAUUUUAACCCGGGUUUGUUUUCUUUUUGUCAUAAGCACCCUCUAGGAUAAUUUUCUCUAUUCAUAUUAGAGUUCGAUAGAGUAUCCAAUCAUCAAAUUGUAGGCAAAGAGAAUUAAACUAAAUUUGCUUUUUAAGCUCUCAUAUCUGAGUUCAAAUUUCGCACCAAUAGCCCUGGGUUAUCUUUUAACCCAGCUUCGAACAACCUGGUCAAGAGGUUUAAGGAAAGCUAACACUUACAGUAGCGAAAAGUUAUUAUAAAAUUAAAAAGGACUUUUGACAAGGACCUACAUUUCAUUCUUCUAAAAGAUUUGCAACAUAGUCAGAUGAAUUGGUAAUAAACACUUAUGGGUUAUGGGCUCCUGACAUGUAAGUAGGUACCACAACGUUAACCUAAAGUCUUGCUGUCAGGCGAAAACCGAAUUCAAUAACUGUUAAUAACCAAUUCAGGUGACAAUACGUAAACCGUACUCGAUGUUUUAGAACAUGCGAAGCUAUUUUUUACCCAGUUUAUUCAACGUUUUGUGACAAACGGCUGCUGUACAUUUAGCUUAGAAACAUAACGCCAUAUGCAGCGGCUCUCUUUAUUGCAAAAUACUUCUCCUUUUCUGGUCGGCUUUAUUAAAUAGUGGGGAUAAUUCUUCAUAACCAGCCAGAAUGCUUGAAUUGUGCCAUACUCCUCAAGCUCAUUAACAGUCAAAGAAAAUACAAAGGAACUUAAUGUAUAAUGAGUGUUUGGAAAUCAGAUGAAAAACUGCUCAUUUUUGCAUCCUUGAAUUCUCUUUCUAAUAUCAUUUUGUUUGAAAAGUAAUAACAAGCAAAAUAAGGUCUAUUGUUUUCCCCACGUAAGGAAAUCGGGAUUCCAGAAUCCGGGAAAUGUUUGCUUGUGAAAUCCGGAAUACCCCUAACGAUUGGAUCCAGAAUCCACGUUCCACUGACAAGACAUAAAUCCAGCACCUAGAGUCCGGAAUCCACGGCGUGAAAUUUAGACUCCGAGACUGUCUUGGGUUCAAUAACAUGGGUGGAAACAGGGCGGCCCAUGAAAGAAAUUGUUAGUUGUAACAGCCCAUAAUUUACUAACUAAAGUCUAACUAUACCUUUGUCUUAUCAGACAUUGGAAAACAUGAAGAGUGCUUUCUCGGGUUUAACGCUGCACAUGCUGUGGUAACAAGAGAAGGCAACAAGGACAUCGAUAACAUUGUCACCAUUUUGACAACCAUGAGCAGCAUGUAUGGCCCCAGCCAGACUAACUGGACAAAAUUUCAACUAUUUAACUCCACAAAAUACGGCGGCGCCAAUUUGCUGUUCAAAGAUUCCACCACCGAGUUGGUAAGCAUCUCAAAAGACAAUAGGACCUACCAAGGGUUUCUGGGUGACGAUUACGUCAAAGACGUUCAGGCACUGAAGUCAUGUGACGAUGCGAGCUCAGUCUCCACCAAGACCACACCCUACGCAGUGAUUGUGCUGCUUGUAGCUAUGGUUGCCGUGAUGUCACUGUAAAGUGAAACACAUAACCGUGUUUUAGCUAAAGCCAUGNGAAAUUGUUAGUUGUAACAGCCCAUAAUUUACUAACUAAAGUCUAACUAUACCUUUGUCUUAUCAGACAUUGGAAAACAUGAAGAGUGCUUUCUCGGGUUUAACGCUGCACAUGCUGUGGUAACAAGAGAAGGCAACAAGGACAUCGAUAACAUUGUCACCAUUUUGACAACCAUGAGCAGCAUGUAUGGCCCCAGCCAGACUAACUGGACAACAUUUCAACUAUUUAACUCCACAAAAUACGGCGGCGCCAAUUUGCUGUUCAAAGAUUCCACCACCGAGUUGGUAAGCAUCUCAAAAGACAGAAGGACCUACCAAGGGUUUCUAAGUGACGAUUACGUCAAAGACGUUCAGGCACUGAAGUCAUGUGACGAUGCGAGCUCCACCAAACAACCAACAUCAGUCUCCACCAAGACCACGCCCUACGCAGUGAUUGUGCUGCUUGUAGCUAUGGUUGCCGUGAUGUCACUGUAA